CAGCACGGAAAUCAAAUCAAAUCAAAUCGAAUAAAAAUAAACCAUCGCGAGGCAGCCAAGAAUCAUCCCCGAUUUACUCAAGAAUUGAUAGUCGCGGCGAGUCGGCUUAAAAACCGGGAAUGUGUGACCCCAGCAUAAGCAAUAUAUUCUAUUGGUCUUUGUCAAUACAGGAAUUUCCAGACAGAGCGAGUCAAAAUGAACCGCAAAGGGCUGCGCGAUAAAUUCUUUGCCAUCGUUAUACACGUCUGUGGCAUGGUUUUUGCCAUCACAGCCGUGCACAACAGAACCAUGCCGUACGUAACCCUCUUUCCAUGGCUAGUAACAGAUUUUCGGUUGAUCUACGUCAAAGUUGUGAUCACCAACGAACGUUUAUUUCUGUUGGUACAUGUGUUGGAGUGUUUCCAGUUCUGCCUUCACAGCGAUACCAACAACGAUACCGAAGAUAUGCCGACGAUGAGCAUGAUCCUCGCCAUAAACGACAAAUUACCUUACCCACACCUCUUCGAAGGGUUGGAGGCCCUACAGAUGGCCAUCUAUGUUUGCACUAUCCUGAAUGAAUGUGUCGUUCUGUUGACGAAUCUCUUGGAGAAAAGCAGCCCCAUCGAAAAUCACAGAUCUGCUGUCAAGAAAGUGUACAUUUCUUGUCUCAUCAUCUCAGUGUGUUUGGCGGCGGGCGGUUUCCUUGGAUUCCACAUCAUCUUUGGAAACAAUAUAAAAGGCACGGUAGAGCCUAUACUGUACGAUCAUGUGACUGAGCUCUAUGGGAUGCCAGGCUAUGCCGCUGACACUGAUGCAAUUAAUAGACUCCAGAUAAAUGAAAAGUGUUGCGGUGCUACAGGCUAUGCUGACUACUUCAACAGUUACUUCGCUAGCUCACCAAUGUACGGUGGCCGAGUACUGCCCGUGACCUGUUUCAAACUACUGGAUGACGGCUGUGUGAAUGCUACUUCUGCUGAUAAAAUUAACAUAAGCAAAAUUUAUAUUAAGGGAUGUAAUGACGCACUGGUGGCGAUGUACGAGUAUCAUUAUAGAAUGCUAUUUCUGCCUAUAUGUACCGCUUGGGCUGGUUUGUAUGACGGCUAUUUGAGGCUACUGCUCUUACGAAAGCGCCAACCAAAAAAGUAUGAGGGCCGUUUCGCACUCCGUGUACAUAGUGAACCAGAAAAUCAGGAUCAGGAAAUAGAUGAGCCUGUUCCUGGUGCUGGUGAUGUAGCCAUGGCCAACGCACCCGAACCCGAAACCGAAACAGGGCAACCAUUUUUGAAGCCCGGCACAAGCUCGAGGAAGUCACAUUCCAGUAGCGAAAGUGAUUAAGACUACAGUUACUGUCGAAUCGUCUUGCGAUUACUUGUAACACAGUUGUAUUUUGCAUGUAAACACAAACUGUCAAAAAGAUGUUUUA